UGGCCGCCUUCCUCGGCAAGGAGCUGGGCGGGCUGGUGGCCGAGGAGGUGCGGGCGCUGCACCACACCGGCCGCUUCACCGACGGGCAGCUCGUCAGCCAGAAGAGCGACUCGUCCAAGGACAUCCGCGGCGACAAGAUCACCUGGGUGGAGGGCAAGGAGCCGGGCUGCCAGACCAUUCGGCUCCUCAUGAACAGCAUGGACGAUCUCAUCCGGCAUUGCAACGGCAAGCUGGGCAACUACAAAAUCUACGGCAGGACGAAAGCUAUGGUGGCUUGUUAUCCAGGCAAUGGAACGGGAUAUGUGCGCCAUGUUGAUAACCCAAAUGGAGAUGGAAGAUGUGUUACUUGUAUAUAUUAUCUUAAUAAAGACUGGGAUGCCAAGGUGAGUGGAGGUAUGCUUCGGAUAUUUCCAGAAGGCAAAGCCCAAUUCGCUGAUAUCGAACCCAAAUUUGAUAGACUGCUAUUCUUCUGGUCUGAUCGACGCAACCCUCAUGAAGUACAGCCAGCAUUUGCUACAAGGUACGCAAUAACAGUGUGGUAUUUUGAUGCAGAUGAAAGAGCACGAGCUAAAGUAAAAUAUCUAACAGGUGAAAAAGGUGUGAGGGUUGAACUUAAUAAACCUUCUGACUCAGUUGGGAAAGAUGUUUUAUAAGCCUUUGAUUUAGCAACUCCCCUUGCGAUUCUCCCCGAUAAAUCUUGAUGCUAUCUAUUAACUUUUGAAUGUGAAUAACAAGAUAAAGGAAAAUCAACAACAAACCAACAUUUUAAUAAAGAAGCAAACAGUGUUUCAAUGUUGCAUCAACUAGAAGAUUCUUUGACUGCUGAAGCAUUGUACUAUGUGAUUGUGACUCCAGGCCUGUGACUGCUUAUGUGAAGAAGAUAAGCAAUCAGUAAGAAACAGCAUAUGCAUCUGGACAUAAAUAAGUGCCCUACAUAGAAUUUUUCCAUUCUUAUAUUUUGUCAGACCUGUCAUCCACCUGAAUCCAGUUCAUCUCUCCCUUUUUUAUAUGGUAAAAGUUUGAAUUUUGGGUAAUUUUUGUAUGACCAGGUACAGUUUGUCAAAAUUGAGUCUUAAAAAAAGAGAAAAACUGAAAAAAAGAAAAAAGAAAAAAAAAAGAAAAAAA